AAGUUGUAAAUCUCUCUCUUCUUCCCAAAUGCAGCAAGCAUUAUAUGCGCACACAGCACACAGUAGCUUCCCAGUUCUGACAAAUUUCUACGUCCGCUUCCAUUAAAUAAAGAAUCUUCUUCACUUUCUUCGUCGAUUCGCCAUCGAAGCUGUUACGCAUUCCAUCAUCCUUUUCCUCUCACUUUCAUUUAAAUUCUUGUAGACUCCGGCAAAAAAUCUCAUCCCCAAGGUCUUCCUUCGUCUCUCUCUCUGAUCCUUUCGCUAAUGUUAAACUAGAUUCGCGCGAUUUCUUCAAAGUCGAGAUUCGCAUUUUUCGGCUUCUCGUAUCGAGUUUUCGUGUCAUGGAAUCUCUCUGCAUCUGUUGCGUGCGGGAUACUUCCCUUGUAUUGAUGUUGGUAUUGUGACUAUCGAACAACUGCUGCAUCUACUUACGGUGAUAUCUUUGCUUUGCUUCUGAGAAGUGGAGAGAAGAAGAAAAAAAUGGCGAAGAUGAUAAACAAGACGCUUGUGCUAACCUAUAUCUACUUACUGAUCUACAUUCUGCUUUCUUCUGGAGUUAUACUGUACAACAAGUGGGUUCUAUCUCCGAAAUACUUCAAUUUUCCACUUCCUAUAACAUUGACAAUGAUCCAUAUGGGAUUUUCUGGAUUUGUGGCCUUCCUUCUUAUUCGAGUAUUCAAGGUUGUUUCUCCUGUUAAAAUGACAUUCGAAAUAUAUGUGACCUGUGUGGUACCUAUAAGCGCAUUCUUUGCAUCCAGCCUCUGGUUUGGCAAUACUGCAUAUUUGCACAUUUCAGUUGCCUUCAUACAGAUGCUCAAAGCACUAAUGCCGGUAGCAACAUUUAUCAUGGCCGUUGUUUGUGGCACUGACAAAGCAAGGUGUGACAUGUUCAUGAACAUGCUGCUGGUCAGUGUUGGCGUUGUGGUAUCCUCCUAUGGUGAAAUUAAUUUCAAUAUAAUUGGCACGGUCUACCAGGUCAUGGGCAUCUUUGCUGAAGCACUUAGACUGGUGCUAACUCAAGUUCUUCUUCAGAAAAAGGGCUUGACAUUAAACCCUGUCACCAGCUUAUACUAUAUAGCUCCGUGCAGCUUUGUUUUCCUGUCAUUACCGUGGUAUGUACUGGAGAAACCGAAUAUAGAAGUCUCGCAGAUCCAAUUCAACUUCUGGAUCUUUUUCUCAAACGCUCUCUGCGCACUUGCCUUAAACUUCUCCAUAUUCUUAGUAAUCGGAAGAACAGGAGCAGUAACCAUCCGGGUUGCUGGCGUUCUCAAAGACUGGAUUCUAAUAGCACUCUCCACUGUCAUAUUUCCAGAGUCCACAAUCACUGGUCUCAAUAUUAUUGGAUACGCAAUAGCACUAUGUGGGGUUGUAAUGUACAAUUACAUAAAAAUCAAGGACGUGAAAGCGACUCAACCAAUUACUGACAGCCUCCCAGAUCGAAUCACAAAGGAGUGGAAGGAGAAGAGGUCGUCUGAUGGGGAGAGUCCCAGAGGAGUAGAGCUUAACGAUGAGGAAGCUCCUUUAAUAACGUCGCGUUUGUCACAUAUUGGACGGACUCAGCUCGGAACGCACACAGCCGUUGUCUGAGCAACGUACAGAUUAGAGAAUAUGAGACCCGUAUGUUGUUUCAGUUCUCAGGUGAAAAUGUCUUUUUUUUUUCUCUUUUGGAGCCCCAAACUCUUAAAAAUAGAAUUUACCUCCGGAUUACUUAACAAUGU